GGAGCAGACCGCGUAGAUUCGAGGGCCGGGCGAGCGAGCUUUCGUCGCUCUGUGGCGGCGGCGAGGAGGUAAAGGCCACGUUGGGCCUCAAGACGCAAAAGUGUCCCCGGGUCUCGUCGCCUUUGCUGGCUUCUUAACAAAGCCUUUAAUGUGUUGUUUUGUAAGAAACCUUCAGACCAGUCUGCUGCCUGUUCCUAGCCAACACAGAUGGCUGUGACACUUCACACUGAUGUGGGAGAUAUUAAAAUAGAACUCUUCUGUGAACGGACACCCAAGGCUUGUGAAAAUUUUCUGGCUCUCUGUGCUAGUAACUACUACAAUGGCUGUAUUUUUCAUCGGAAUAUCAAAGGCUUUAUGGUCCAGACAGGAGAUCCAGCAGGCUCUGGAAAAGGAGGAAAUAGCAUUUGGGGCAGAAAAUUUGAAGACGAAUACAGUGAAUACUUAAAGCACAGUGUUCGUGGAGUUGUUUCCAUGGCAAAUAAUGGUCCAAAUACAAAUGGAUCUCAGUUCUUCAUCACCUAUGGCAAACAGCCACAUCUAGACAUGAAAUAUACAGUGUUUGGGAAAGUUAUUGAUGGCUUGGAUACCCUGGAUGAGUUGGAGAAACUGCCAGUGAAUGAAAAAACGUUCCGCCCCCUUAAUGACGUCCACAUUAAAGAUGUUACAAUUCAUGCUAAUCCUUUUGCAUAAAAGCUGCAAUGUGGCACCGUAGAUUCCUGAAGGACUGGUUCAAAUGAACUCCUGAUGGGGGACAAACGGAAUUAAGGACUUCCCAGGCUUUUCUAAUUUGCACAUUCCACCGGAGAGAAAAGCCAAAUUCUAACAUGUGAAAUUGUUUAAUAAAGGUGGGGAUGGGGG